CGAUAGGACAAUUCCAUCUUAUUUCCUCCCGCGUCAUCACAACUCAUAUUGGGUUGGGAACAAUUUUAUUCACCACCGCCAAACAAUAACACAAGAGGUGAAGUGACAAGGAUAAAAUAGUGAAAAACUGUAGGAAAAUCGCCUGGAGAUGAGUUUUAAUGAUAACAAGAACGCGGAGAACUCUGCGACAACACUGGAGGAGUGGAUGACGCGCUUGAAUAGCUACCAGAUCCCACAGGCGGAGAUGAAUAAGAUGAUAAUGAAUUAUUUAGUGACAGAAGGCUUCAAGGAGGCCGCCGAGAAGUUCCAGGCGGAGGCCGGCGUGGAGCCCACAGUGGAGCUAAACUCCCUGGAUAACCGAAUCCUCAUUCGGGACGCCGUGCAGAAUGGGCGGAUCCAGGAGGCCACGCACCUCGUGAACCAACUCCAUCCGGAGCUGCUGGACAACGACCGGUAUCUGUACUUCCACCUGCAGCAACUGCACCUCAUUGAGCUGAUCCGCGCCGGAAAGAUUGAAGAGGCGCUUUCGUUCGCACAGACACAGAUGUCCGAGGCCGGUGAGAACAAUCCGGAGGUGCUGAGCGAAUUGGAGCGCACACUGGCGCUGUUGGCGUUCGAGAAGCCGCAGCAGUGCCCGUUCGCCGACCUCCUGGAGCAGUCUCAUCGUCAGAAAGUGGCCAGUGAGCUCAAUGCGGCCAUCCUCAAGUCGGAGAACCAAGAGCACACCAGUCCGCGCAUUGUCUACCUGCUGAAACUGAUCCUGUGGGCGCAGGCAGAGCUGGACAAGAAGAACAUCAGCUACCCGAAGAUGCGCAACCUCGCCACGGCGUCCAUUGUGCCCAAAAUGUAGGCCCCACGU